AUGCCUGGUGGAGUAGCCAGGGUGGGCCGUUAUGGGGUUACAGACGGAAGGCCGGGUGUAGACGGAGUGCCGAGAUGCGCUGCCAGUCUUUGGCGAAGGCAAUUGCGACGGGACUCAUACGAGUGGCGCAAAGUGGGUGUGGUGCGGAGGUCUGCGGAGGUUGAGUUGGCCGAAUUGGGCGGUGUCUCACUCACACCUGUGCGAAAAAUGCUGUUGCCGUACGGGAUUGGAACGGGUCCGGGUAAGCGGGAACUUGUCGGUACGGGGGCAUGGUGGUGGAGGGUCUGCCAACGGAGGGAAGUGAGCAUGGAUAUGGGGGAUGCUGCAGGUUGGGAACUGGCGGAAUUUGAGGGUGCCACCGGUGGGCAAGUUAAACAGCUGAUGGGCGCUGACGCAACGGUGCAUUUUGAGAGGGCUCCUGGGAGGGAGGUUGGCGUUGACGGUCAACGAAUGCACAGGCGCAUUGAAUAG